UUGCAAUUGGGAUGUUGGAACAGUAGAAACCGAUAAUCUCCCAAAUUUCUAUUGGCCAUUAUCAACUCAGCCGGACAACGCAAUUCUCGAUAGGUCAAUUGAUACAAAACUAGAAUAAAAAAAGAAGAAGAAGAAGAAGAAACACGAAAUCACAAUGAAGAUCAAGGCCAUCAGCCGAUCCGUAUCGGCCCAGCAGCCCCCCGGCACCGACACCGUCAAGCAGCCCCGAAACCUCGACUCGGCCAUCCACCCCUUCGAGCGCGCCCGCGAGUACAAGCGCGCCCUCAACGCCGUCAAGCUCGAGCGCAUGCACGCCGCCCCCUUCGUCGGCCAGCUGGGCCGCGGCCACGUCGACGGCGUCUACUCCAUCGCCAAGGACCCCAACUCGCUCGAGCGCUUCUCCAGCGGCAGCGGCGACGGCGUCGUCAAGGUCUGGGACCUGGCCACCCGCGAGGAGAUCUGGCACGCCACGGCGCACGAGAACAUCGUCAAGGGCCUCGAGUGGACGCGCGACCAGAAGCUGCUGACCUGCGCCGCCGACCGCUCCAUCAAGCUGUUCGACCCGUACAACCUGCCCAGCGAAUCCGCACCCAUCUCGUCAUGGCUCGGAGCCGGCGCCUUCACGAGCCUGUCUCACCACCGCUCGCGCAACGCCUUCGCCGCCGCCUCGAGCGUAAUCUCCAUCUACGACCUCGAGCGCCACACCGCCGCCCCAGAGGUCCUCCACUGGCCAACCUCGACCGACAUAAUCACAAACGUCGCCUUCAACUACGUCGAAACGUCCGUCCUCGCCUCCUGCUCCAACGACCGCUCCAUCGUCAUCUACGACCUGCGCACCUCCACGCCCGUCACCAAGUCCGUCCUGACCUUUGCCUGCAACCGCAUCGCCUGGUCCCCCAUGGAGGCCUUCAACUUCGCCGCCGCCUCCGAGGACCACAACGUCUACCUCUUCGAUAUGCGCAAGAUUGACCGCGCACGCAACGUCCUCAAGGGCCACGUCGCCGCCGUCAUGGACGUCGAGUUCUCCCCCACCGGCGAGGAGCUCGUCACCGCCUCGUGGGACCGCACCGUGCGCUUGUGGGAGCGCGACCGCGGCCACUCGCGCGACGUCUACCACACCAAGCGCAUGCAGCGCGUUAUGUCUGCCAAGUGGACGCCCGACGCAAAGUACGUGCUGUCCGGCUCCGAUGACGGCAACGUCCGCAUCUGGCGCGCAAACGCCUCGCAGAGACAGGGCAUCAAGUCGGCCCGCCACCGCCAGGCCCUCGAGUACAACGACGCUCUCAUCAAGCGCUUCGGACACAUGCCCGAGAUCAACCGCAUCAAGCGCCACCGGCACUUGCCAAAGGUCAUCAAGAAGGCCGGCGAGAUCAAGAACGAGGAGCUCAAGUCCAUCAAGCGAAGAGAGGAGAACGAGCGGAAGCACUCGAGCAAGCAGUUCCAGGCACGCAAGAGCGAGAGAGAAAAGAUGGUGCUGGCUCGAGAAAAGUAAAAAUGUGUGUUGUCUUAUGGGGGCAGUGGUUACUGUUACUUGUCAAGGGUUUAUAUCAAAACGCAAAAAGGGGGUCCUUACGGUAGUUGCAUGGCACGGCGUUCAGGGUUUGAAAGGGGUUAUUGUUUAUUAUACGAGAUACAUAAUGGACUGGACUUUUGUAGUAUCAUAUUUGCCGGUGUCACUAACGAAUCAAAGAUUAUUCGUUAUAUACAUAUAUAUAGCAAGAGAGGCGCAAUAUA